UGACAGGUCUGCUAGCACAACAUCUAAAGUCAGCAGUCACAGGAGUCUGUUCAUUUUCUGGAUGUUUACAGCAUGGCUGUGUUUGAGAACUGCUCUGUGCUGUUGGAGCUGAAAAAUCUGCCGUUCAAGGAGAGGAAGAAGUUGAAGUCGGCUAUAACAGAAAAUGGAGGCAACAUGUCCUUUGUGGUCAACAAACAGUGCUCUCUGAUCGUGGUCAGUGACAUAUCCAACCUGAGUACCAACAGGCUUCGUGGUGUCCAGAGGUACAAAACGCCUGUGGUCGAGGUGGAUUACGUGUACAGCUGUUUGGAGAGAGGAGCUCUUUUGCCUGUGGAUGAAUACAAACUGGAUACUUCCUCUCUCUCUGCUUUUUCUCCCGCUCCUUCUUUCUCCUCACCAAGGCGAGGUCCACUCUCACAUCAAGUAACUGAUGUACCAACAACCAGAGCAGUUGCUGAGUCGUCCAAAGGUGGAACUGUGGAUUCUGUAAGGCUGACUCAAAGGGUGGAGACUCCAAAAAAGAGUGGGAGCGUUCUUGAAAGGUUCAGAAUUUAUACUGAAGCUGAUCAUGAUCUUCCAACAUACCCGGAUCAUUUUCAAGUGGCCAAAUAUUCCAUCUUUGAAAAGGUUAACAGCAACACUUGGUGCAUUCUGGAGCUGCAGAGUUCUACAGGGAGGAACGGGAGGCAGUACCGUGUGGUCAAGUACUGCAAGCAUGAUAUAAGAGCCAAUAAGGCAGCAGUGAGGGAUAUGCUGGUGUUUCUGUCCACCUCAGAGGAAGCACUAGAGGUCUACCAGGCCCUGAAAGGGACCCUGCAGGCUUCAGGUCUGCAGCCCAGGACCAGCAUCCCUCCACAGGCUCAGGACAUGGGCUCCUCCCCCCUCCAGCAGCUGCUGCUGGAGGAGAAGCUGAACACAGGAAGCUUGUCGCAGAGUGUGGGCUUGUUUGUGGAACUAUUAUGGACCGAGGCCCUGGGUUGCCUAGGAAACAUCCUCCGAGUUUCAGUCGACAAGCUCAGCCUCAACGAUGUGAGCAGGGCGGAGGGCUUGUUGAUUCAGGCUCAGAGAAAGCAGAGGGAGGGGAAUCAUGCUGAGGUGGCGUCUCUUCUGGGUGAGGUUUACACCCUGCUGCCGCACAAAGAGCUCCCUCCACCUCCCAACGCUAAGCUCAUCUCUCAGAAACUGGACCUCUGUCAGUUAAUCAGAGAUGUUCUGAACGUGAGUGAGAUGACUCUGAGAAGCCCUACCUGUCUGGGGAAGUAUCGAGCUCUGAGGUGCAGCAUCGAAGCUGUUCCGCCGAGCAGCUCUGAGUUUCAGGAUGUAACUGCUCUGCUGCAGGACAGUACGGUACAGAUCCAGCAGGUUGUACGUGUCAGCAGAGGUGUGGAACUUCAGACUUUUAAAAGUGAGCUCGGAAACAUAAAGUCCCUCCUCCACUCCUCCAGCCCCAACAACUUUGUAGGAAUCCUGUCUCGUGGUCUGCUGCUGCCUCGUGUUGGAGUGGAGCAUCAUGGGAUAGAAAGAACAGAUGUUGGUAAUCUUGGAAGUGGAAUCUACUUUACUGAUGCUGUGAGCACCAGUCUGAAAUACUCCAAGCCCAGUGUGACAGAUGGUUCUCGGCUGCUGCUGGUGUGUGACGUGGCUUUGGGAGGAUGCAAAGAUGUCCACAGGAGAGACCCCAUGCUAACCCAAGCUCCUGAGGGAUAUGAGAGUGUGCACGGGGUCCGCCGCACCCAGUACACUCAGUCUGAGUUUGAGGAUGAUGAGUACGUGGUUUACAGUCCUGAUCAGGUGAAACUGAAGUACGUGGUUCAGUUCAGCAUCAGCGGAGACCAACUGCAGGAGUUCAGGCCUUCUAUCAACACCUCAGAUGAGCCAAGUCUGCCCUCUUGUGACCAAGUGAUGAGUUCUGAGGAUGAGGAUGAUGACAGCAUUAAAAACCCACUGGAAGAUGUGACAGCUGGACUGUUGGACAGUUCUGGUCAGCGGCUCCCUCUGCAGGCCGUUCAUGUGAAGUGCAAACUGAUGGAUCUGCUCUCUCAGGUCAUCAUCUUCCAAAAAUACACCAAUCUGAGCUCUGUGCCCAUUGAGGCAAAGUACGUCUUCCCAUUGGAUGAUUCUGCAGCAGUAUGUGGGUUUGAAGCUUUCAUCAAUGGGAAACAUGUGGUGGGACAGGUGAAGGAGAAAGAGACCGCUCGCAAGGAGUACAAGCAGGCCAUUGAAAGAGGCCAUGGAGCCUACCUCAUGGACCAGGAUGCUCCUGACGUGUUCACUAUCAGUGUGGGCAACCUGCCGCCUGGUGCGACUGUCCUCAUCAAAGUUACCUUUGUGUCUGAGCUGAUUGUUAGAGAUGGGAGUAUUUUCUUCUCCCUGCCUGGGAGUGUUGCUCCGUGGCAGGAGAGUGAAGCGCUCAACCAAACUACACAAGUUACUGUGGAAAAAGUGUGUGUGACUGAUGAAGCAGCAAGUACAAGGGAUUUCACCUUGGACAUGUCGAUUGAGAUGCCCUAUGAGAUCACCAGCUUGCAAUGCACCACUCACGAAAUCAAUAUGAAGAAAACAGACUGUAAAGCCGUGGUGAGUGUGCUGCCAGGAGAGGUAAUGGGUCUAGAGGGUUUCCAGCUCUUGGUCACUCUGUCUGAGGUCCACCUACCCAGGAUGUGGGUAGAAAAACACCCUGACAAGGAAAGCCAGGCAUGCAUGUUGGUUUUCUAUCCAGACUUUGAAGCAACCUCCAGUUCAACACACGAUGAAGUCAUCCUGUUGCUUGAUACAUCUGAGUCCAUGAGAGGGGAGACUAUCUGCACAGCCCAGAGACUCGCCCUGAAGGUCCUCAAAACCCUCGACCACAACAUCAGACUCAAUGUCAUCUUCUUUGGCACAGAUCACACAGAUGCUUUCCAGACGGCACAGCCACUUAUUGAAGCUCGUCAGGCAGCCGAAAGAUUCAUCAAGCGCUUGUCUCCAGUAGGGGGAAGCACUGAGCUGUGGCGGCCCCUUCGAGCUCUCAGCCUCUUGCCUCCGUCCCGUGGCGUCAGGAACCUGCUGCUACUGUCAGACGGCCAUAUCCAGAACGCCGAGUUCACCUUGCAGCUGCUCAGAGACAACGUCCAGCACAGCCGCCUCUUCACCUGUGGCCUCAGCCCAACAGCCAAUCGGCACAUGCUUAGGGCCCUGGCCCAGGCAGGGGGCGGAGCCUAUGAAUACUUUGACACAAAAACACAACACAACUGGAAAGAGAAGGUGGCAUCUCAGGUGAAGCGUAUGGCGUCUCCCGGCUGCAAUUCAGUGUCAGUGAAGUGGCAACAGUUCAACCCAACAGCGCCCCCUCCUGUGCAAGCCCCCAAGCAGCUCCAUGCUUUGUUCAAUGACUGUCACACGCUGGUCUAUGGCUUUGUGCCGCACUGCACUCAGGCCACCCUCCUUGGCAACUUGAGUGGUCAGGAGCUGAAAACCAUGGUAUCAACGAGUGAGCUGCAGAAAACCAGGGGCACAUUUCUUCACAAGCUCACAGCGAGGGCCCUCAUCAGGGAAUACGAAGAUGGAAGCCUUGAUGCUAGCGAAGCUGAACAUGAGGGGAAGAAAGCUGAGCUGAAGUCCUCCAUCAUUGAAUUAAGCAAAGAGUUCUCCAUCUUGUCUCAGUUCACCAGCUUUGUGGCCAUCGAAGAAAGGGACUCAGAGAAAACAGAGGAAGGCUUCACAGAUAUCCCCAAGUUGAUCGCAGAGGAAGAUGUCGACAUCCUCCCAUACAUGAGCUGGAUGUCUCGUGAGAGACGUAUAUUGGCUGAAAUGGAUGGGGAUGGUGAUCUUUAUGACGAGGACAGGGGAAUUGAUUUUCAUUUUGAGGACGAGGAUGAUGAUCUUCUUGAUUAUGAGGCUCAACUUGCUCGUUCAGCAUUUCUUCCCAAACGUCGACCCAUGGACGGGAAGGAGAUUAUUCUUUAUGCCGAGGUAACAUAA